AGUUACAUUUAAUCAGACGAUUAUGCGGCGUUGUAAGAAUCUCCUGAUAAGAAUCACCAGGAGCUGUCCCAGACGCCAUUACCGGCAUUUGAAACUUCAGAAAGCUUCUUCUUCCUCUUCAUCAUCAUCAUCUGGGAAGCAAGGCACCAAAGUGUUGGCUUCGUUCUUCCUCUCCUUUCAAAAGAAGAAGCAAAAGAAGGAGAAGAUGAAGCGGCUUAACGAACUCAGGAGUUUCUCGGAUGCCGUCAGUGUAAGGAAGGCGUCAAAUCCUGAAUCAAGAAAGAAGAUAUUCCCAUCGUCUUGGCUUUGUCAAGGUAAGGCUCAUUCACAAGAAGUCUCACAAGGUCAUGAUCCACCUAGAGACAGCACCAGCGCAUUUCUUCCAUGACUCAUAUGCCAAAACAACGCUUACAUGGAUCAUAUGUAUUGCUUUCAAUUUGAUUACAUGGAUGUUGUAGGAUCUCUAACACUAAGAUCCUAAGACCCUAAUCUGACUCUUUCAGGAUGUAUGAUGAAUGCAAAAAGUAAAUUCUUUGUAGUGCAGAAUCUUAAUAAGAUUGAUAUGUACGA